GGAAAUUAUUGCUAAAUGCCUGCCUUAUCGACUUUUCCAUCAGAUGCUGACUCGUAGAAGUAAAAGGUGAGAGGAAAAUGGACAACAGCCGGAGAUGGGAGCUUAUUUUGUCUUUUCCAUCAGAUGCUGACUCGUACAAGCCAUCGUUGCAGGUUGGGAGUGAACCGAGUCGCAAAAGAUAGAAUCAGACGAUUGCAUUGCAUCUGAGGAGGGAAGAACCAUACUGAAAACUCUAGCGAUUGAAUUAGAGGAGAAAUGGAGGUGUUGCUCUUGUGGUUGAAGAGAAUAUGGAAUGCUUGGAAUCUCCAGGCAUUCAUGCUGGCAAGCCUUAGCUUGCAAAUCAUCCUUAUUUUCUCAGGCAGCCUCCGGAAGCGCAACUCCUCAUGGUGGGUAAGCCUCAUCCUCUGGUCGGCCUACUUGCUCGCCGACUGGGUGGCCACCUUCGCCCUCGGCAUCCUGUCCAAAACCCAAGAUGACCAUGACUGCAAAUCUGCGGAGCAUUCUCUCAAACAGAACGCGGAGCUCCUUGCUUUUUGGUCACCUUUCCUUCUGUUACACCUCGGCGGUCCAGACACCAUCACAGCCUUCUCCUUGGAAGACAAUGAGCUUUGGAUGAGACACUUGCUAGGUCUGGUCUUUCAAGUCUGCGUGGCCCUCUAUGCCUUCAUGAAGUCCUUGCCAGAUACUCGCCUCAUAGUUCCAGCUUUCCUGAUGUUCCUCGCCGGAAUUAUCAAUUACGGCGAGAGGUCCUGGUCUCUCAUGUGCGCCAGCGUCGACGGCCUGAGGAAGUCCAUGGUAACACCCCCUGACCCUGGCCCAAAUUACGUCAAGUUCAUGGAAGAGUACUCUUGCAUGUCAGCAGCCGGCCUCCAUGUAGAUAUUGUAGUGGAGAAUGAAUCCGAGCCCAACCCACUAGCUCUCGACACCGAAGAGGAGGACAUUAAAGAUGUCGAGCUUGUAUCCAAAGCCCACUAUUUCUUCAAGACAUUCAAGCGCCUCACGGUGGACCUUAUCCUCACAUUCCAUGACCGGAACGAGAGCCUGUCCUUCUUUCUCAAGCGUUCUCCGGAUCAAGCGUUCAAGUUGAUUGAGUUUGAGCUUUCCUUCAUCUACGAAGAGCUCUUUACCAAAGCCACCGCGCUUCAUACUGUGGCCGGUCCCUUCCUCCGCUUGCUCACUUUUUCGUCCAUUUUCUCUUCGCUUCUCUUCUUCUUCUUCACCAAGAAGCAUGGUUACGUGGAGGCCGAUGUGACCAUCGCUUAUAUAUUGCUGGUUGGUGCUCUUGCUCUCGAGAGCUACGCCGUUGGUCUCCUGUUCUUCUCUGAAUGGACCUUUCUCCACCUUAAAAAGCUCGGAUAUGACCAGCUGUCCGAUAAGGUGUUCACAACAAUCUCUUGUUUUCGACCAACGAAUAAGCCGAGAUGGUCUAAUUCCAUGGCCCAAUACAGCCUCAUCAGUUUCUGCCUCGCUGAUGACGAGUCUUCAGCAUUCAAAACUACGCUGAAAUCCAUCGGCAUGAAAGACACCUGGGACAAAUACUGGUACACGACGUACAUUCCGGUGACCGAUGAGCUCAAAGAAUUCAUAUUCAAGGAGAUCAAGGGCAAGGCAAGCAGUGCACAGGAUUCUAAAAGUUACAAACGUUUCAGCGAUUACAGAGGUGAAUGGGCGCUUCAGAAGAAGGGCUACCGCAAGGAGUUGGGCUGGAGCGUGGAGGUGGAGUUGGACGAGAGCAUUCUUCUGUGGCACAUUGCCACUGACCUCUGCUUUUACUCCCACAAAAAUGAACAAUCUGAGCCUGAGAGAAACCGUGAAAACGAACAAUCUGAACCUGACAGAAAUUGUGAAAACAAACAAUCUGAACCUGAGAGAAACCUUCAGAUGAGCAAGGCUCUAUCAGACUACAUGUUAUAUCUACUAUUAGUUCGCCCUUCUAUGCUGACUGCUGGGAUUGGGCAGGUCAGAUAUGGGGACACUUGUGCUGAGGCUAAAAUCUUUUUCCGGCGUGGUGAGGCAGUGCUUGAUCAACAGCAAGCUAGUGAGAAGCUUCUGCUGGUGGAAACCAAAGUGCCAUCAGUUCAAAUUAAAGGAGACAGAAGCAAAUCAGUUCUGUUUGAUGCAUGUGUACUUGCAAAAAAAUUGCUGGAUUUGAAGACAGGGAGAAGGUGGAGGAUAAUCAGUGCUGUUUGGGUGGAGAUGCUUUGUUAUGCUGCAAUUCAUUGCAGAAGCUACUUCCACAUGAAGCAACUCAAUAGUGGGGGAGAGCUGAUCACGUUGGUCUGGCUCCUUAUGGCCCAUUUUGGGUUAGGAGAUCAAUAUCGGAUAGAAGCAGGGCAUGCCAGAGCCAAGCUUAUUGUGGACAACUGGAAGGGAAACUCUGUGUGGUGAAUGCUCCAUAUGAUUCUCCAGGUUCUAUGGAUGCGUGGAUGCUAGAGGAUCCAAUUAAC